CUUCCGUUCACAGACUUGGGCCACAAAAAACCGAAGAAGAAGAAGAAGGAAGAAGAAGGAGCAAUGAAGGGAAGCCUCUUUCAUGAGCUAGAGGUAGGCCUCCCCGCCGGCGAGCUGUGGGAGGUCUACGGCACGCUUCGACUGGCCGAACUAGUCGUCGAAUUGCUCCCAAACGUCGUCCAAAAGUUCGAUAUCGUCGAAGGGGAUGGUGGCGUCGGUACUGUUUUGCGCCUCGCUUUCCCUCCUGGAAUGCCCGGCUCACAAUUUUCCAAAGAGAAGUUCAUCAAAAUUGACAAUGAGAAGCGCGUGAAGGAAGCACUGGUGGUUGAAGGAGGAUACCUGGAUUUAGGCUUCCGCUCGUUCUUAUUUCGACUUGAGAUCAUUGAGAAAGAUAGCAAUUCCUCCAUCAUCAAAUCGACCGCAGAGUAUGAAAUUGAUGAAGAGCAUGCGGCCAAUGCUUCUUUUGUCACCGUUGCGCCCUUCGCAACCAUGGCUGAGACCAUUUCCAAGUACCUCAUUGAGAAGAAAACUAGUGUCAUGAACUCUUGAAUUCAUGGUUGGCUCAAGCAAUGUAACUGUGAACUGGUAGCUAGGCAGGCUUGCUGUAACAGUGAGCAAGUUAUGCCCUACAAUGAAAUAAAAAUAAAAGUGUUUGUAAAUGCAGAAAAUUAACUGCAUCUUUUAGUAUGAAAUCUAUCAUCAUUGGUUUUCUUUUCA